UCUCUCUCUCUCUCUCUCUCUCUUCGCAUCCUCCUCUCCACCGACCAUCGUCCUUGCGCAUCAGUGCCACAGUACUUGCGUCGCAGCGGUCUUGCGUGCUCACAGAGCGACCCCACUACCGACCAAUUCCCGUUACUGGUGUAGUUUGCCUUGAUACCUGGUGCGGCAACAGUUGUUCCUCGCUCAUUGUCUGUCUCGAUCUCCUACCAGCCAUUCAUCUUUCUCACGUCUCCCCGCCUACGUCAACUUUGCGUGCGAUAGUUCUCCCGUUUUUCUCUCGCACGCGGGUCUUAGCCACACGCUUGAUAAAGGCGGCAGUGUCAAGGUCGGAGUGCGAAGAAGCAAAGAGCGAAUGUCAAAGACGCUUUAGUGCAGUGCAGCACGAGUGAAGGGAUUAUUUGGAUCUCUUUUCCUCGCUUUCUUUCUCCUCCGCUUGGCCAUCAUCAUUUUUGUCGACGAAACAUGUCUAUCAUCGUCGAGUGUUUUCGCCGCCUAACGGAUGGAUCGGCCUGCAAAAGCGAGCUCAGAGGAUAUAAAGUGACAGAUGUAAAUCGUAUGCGGAAAAUUGGUAUUGCCUGUAGAAAUUUUCAAGAUCUUAAGCGAAAAGCGUGUUUGAAACUAAAUGUAACUAACGAUCCGGCAGAAGUGAAUGUUUUUCUCCUGGAUGGAUCAUUAAUCGACGAGGAAUAUUUUCACACAUUGGAACCACAGACUACUUUGAUCUUACAGAGACCAGGAGAGAAAGUAUUAUCUGACGCGGAUAUUCUCUACGAUACGCUGAGACGCGUGAACAUUGAUUUCCUCACUGCCGGCGACAAAGUGACGCAAUUCCUGACGGAAAAUCUUAAGGCAAAGGUUGCCUUAUUGAACAAAGCGUUGAACAAAGAUGACUCCAAGACGAUGCUUAGCGGAAGGGACGAGCAUCCGGAGUGGUUUAAAGAUUUGGAAACUAAUUGCACGACCAAAGAAGCGUAUAUGCAUCGCAGGUGUCAAGACAGAAUACGCACUUAUUUGUAUAAGACGAUCGAGCAGAUAAGAUGCUCGGACGUGUACAUGAACAAUCGCAAGGCGAGGCAGCAGCUUUUGCAUACGAUAGCGUUCUUCAAAAUUCAGCUCAAGGAAGAUCAUUAUUUUGGAUAUUAUUUCGAUAGAAGCAGAGCAGAGACUGAAAACUCUAAGGAUGACAAUGACGAGACCGAUUCUAGCCGAUGCUACGAGCAUUGUCCUUGCAAGUUUGGCCAUAUCAGCGACGAAACGUAUCUGCAUCAACGUUACCUUCAUCUUCCUCAAUCGUCCAAUACGAGCACGAUUAUCGUCGAUUCCAAGACCGAUGAGACGGAUGCGAGGAGAGUCAUUGAAUCCGAGAAAAACGUGAACGAUGAGAUAUUAGAAAGUUGUCCCUAUCAUGUAAAACCCCGAGGAAAACAAGUUGCCAUUUGUGACGAGAAAGGCGAGUUUAAAUGCGAGGGUCGAUGGAACGCGAACGGCUGCGCCUACAGUGAUCGACACAGAAUCAAUCCAUAUAAAUCCAGAGAAGAGCUCGCUCUAUUUUCUACAUGGAAUUUGGAUCACAAAAUUGAAAGGUCCAGGACACUUGUUCCAAGGUUGCUACAGCUCUCGCAGCAAGACAUGAUCAAUGAACAGGAUAUCUACGACUGUUAUGACAAUCUGUUUACAGUGAAGAAUUUAAGGCUAGUUCAUAUUGUAUGCCAUGAUAAAGGAUCGCACAAAUAAGCUCUGAUUCUGGAGCUGUUAUGUUAACAUAUACAUAUAAAUUACAUUAGUAACAAUAUGAUCGUAAGAUGUGAAAGCCAAAAAAUAUAAUCUAGAGUGCGAGAUGAUGCAUUAUACAAAUACAUCGUAGAACAGAUCUCCUUAUAAUAGAUCUCUACAAAUAAAUAUGUUUAAGUGCUGUUGAUAAAAUAUAGACUUAGAGAUUAUUAAUGUUAUACAAUAUCGGUUAUACUUCCAUUGCGGCAUGAAAUACUAAGCAAUAAUGUUAAUAAGUGUUAUAAAAUAUCUUAUAAAGCUUAAAAUAUUGUAAUUUAUAUCGCAAUUUUUUGUUUCUGAAAUAGAAAAUUCAGUUUUCCGGGCUAUUGAUGUUGAUAAA